AUGUCGUUCCUCUUCACUCAAUCUCGACUCGUUGCUCGGCAGUUCCUUUUCUACUCAUGCUCUCCUAGAAUCGGAUCCAUCCAAACCAAUACUCAAUGCUUUAGCUCUGAUGCCUCUGAAGGUGGAUCUGCCGAGCAAAAGUUGAUUGACAUCCUCAAGAACCGUUUCCCCAAGGCCACAGAUAUUGCUGUGGUAGAUAUCUCUGGAGGAUGCGGAUCCAUGUACGAGGUGUAUGUGGAGGCCCCAGAUUUCAAAGGCGUUCGAACAGUGAAGCAACAUCAACUGGUGACGGAGGCAUUGAAAGCCGAGAUUCCAGCCAUGCACGGACUUCGAAUCUCCACACAAAUCUCGGCAUGUUCUUAA